AUGAAACCCACAUCUCCUUCUGGUCUUUUGAGUGCUGCAGGACUUCUGCUCACUGCUCAACAAGUCGCUGCUUGGGGCUACCUCCAAGGUCUUACUGCCAAUGGUGAAUACAACACAGCUUCUCUACCUUACUUUGAUCCCUACCAAAACCCUGUCCCUAAACGCAUCACUUGGCCUUACUGGAACAAUGGCGGCAACCCCAUCAAGGACUUGACUUCGACCUCUCUCACAUGUAACCAACUUACUGGUACUGGCAAACUUACUGCCACCGUUGCUGCUGGUUCAGCCGUGACACUCUACUGGAAUACUUGGCAAUCAAGCGAAAACGGUGCUAUCAAUACUUACCUUGCCAACUGUAACGGACCAUGCACUGCAGUUUCAGAUCCUUCUUCGCUCUCCUAUUUUAAAAUUGAUGAAAGCGGAUACUCGGACAAUUCCUGGGCUACUCAGAAACUCAUUGCCAAUAACAACUCGUGGACUGUCACAAUCCCUAGCGAUAUUGAGGCUGGCUAUUACAUCAUCCGCCACGAAAUUAUUGCCCUUCAUGAAGCCUCCUGGGUCGGUGGUGCACAGUUUUUCCCCAGUUGCAGCAACUUGCAAGUCACUGGCGGUGGCUCUGCUAACCCUGAAGGUGUCAGUUUCCCUGGUGCUUAUAAGAGCACUGACUCAGGUAUUGUGUUUAACAUUUACUAUGGUACUGAUUUGAACUCUUAUGUUCCUCCUGGCCCCAGGCCAUAUGUUUCUGGUUCUAGCAGCAGCAGCAGUUCUUCUUCAUCUUCAACUACCGAGGAAACCAGUUCUAGCACUGAAGUGACUUCGUCUUCUUCAACUACCCAGGAGAUUACUUCUAGCUCUGAAUUGACUUUGACUUCCUCAAUUACUGAAGAAACAACUUCCAGCAUUGAAUUAACUUCUAUUGCAGAGUCUUCUUCUGUUGCCGAGUCUUCUUCUGCUGUUGUCGAAUCUUCUUCUGUUGAGGUUUCUUCCGCUGUUGCCGAAUCUUCUUCUGUUAUUGUUGAAUCUUCUUCUGUUGAGGUUUCUUCUGCUGUUGCCGAAUCUUCUUCUGUUAUUGUUGAAUCUUCUUCUGUUAUUGUCGAAUCUUCUUCUGUUGAGGUUUCUUCUGCUGUUGCCGAGUCUUCUUCUGCUGUUUCCGAAUCUUCUGUCGAUGUUUCUUCAGCUGUUUUUGAGACUUCUUCUGUAGGAGCUUCUUCAACUUUUAUUGAGUCUUCUUCUGUUGACUCUUCUUCAGCUGUUGGCGAGCCUUCUUCAGCUGUUGGCGAGCCUUCUUCUGCAGUUGUUGAGACUUCUUCUGUUGAAGUUUCUUCCGCUGUUGGCGAGUCUUCUUCUAUUGAUGUUUCUUCCGCAGUUGUUGAGUCUUCUUCUGUUGCUGUUUCCUCUUCUGUUGCUGUUUCCUCUUCUGUUGUUGAGACUUCCUCUCCCAUUAUUGAGUCCUCCUCAACUUUUGCUGUCGAUACUUCUACUGUUGAGUCCUUCACUUUUGCUUCUUCUGAGGCCACCACAACCUCUUUCGAAUUUGACACUUCUUCAACCGAAGUCUCUGUUACCCCCUCUGAAUUUUCAAUUGAGUCUUCUGCUCCUGAAACCGUCACUUUUACCGAAGAAGUGUACUCUUCUUCUCUUCCAUCGGCUACCAAUUCUGCUUUCCCUGAGGUUGACUAUGAAGACGAAGUCUUGACCUUGACCCUUACUGUCAAUGGUGAGCCCAUUGUCACUGCCGUUACCGUCCCUGCUAAAGUUAAGACUGUGACUGUCAUUGAUGCAGGUGCCACUACAACAGUCUACUCUGGGACCAAGACUACUACCAAGACCAAGACUACUACCAAGACCAAGACUACUACUGUGAAAACAACAACCACUAAGACUAAGACUACUACUGCAAAGACUACUACCACAAAGACUGUCACUGCCAAUUAG